AUGUUAUACUCUAUACUUGCUCUUGGUCUCGGUACGGCCUUGACUGAAGCCGCCGUUGUGCGGACUUCUGGCUGCCAGUUACACUUUACAGCUUCGGGAGCCAUAUCUGGCCCUGUUGGCGAGAUCUCAUCUGGUCAGGUGCGAGCCGGUAGCGGUGUGAGCUCGACAACUUUCACCCUGCAGGGAGGUCAGCUCUGGGAUAACAAGGGCCAUGGCUGUUGGUGGACUCCACCUACACAUGUCCUCCAGUGCGACAACAACCAGAAUCCAGACAAUGGAUUCAAGGUAGGAUGCGACGGCUCUGUCUCGUAUAACGGACAGACGGAGUUCUGGGAGUGCCAGACAGGAGAGAGUGGCCAAUAUAACGUCUAUCUGAAUGGAGGACAGGGUGUCAACUGCCACCAGAUUACUCUCAAGGCUGAUAAUUGUCACUCUGGAUGCCCGCCGCCGCCUCCUCAUUUUACUCCACCACCUCGUCCAAGGACUUGCCCGGCCAACCUCAACGGACCUUAUGAGUUCCCUCAUCUCAUCAUCCCCGUGGACGAGUCCAAUCCCAACCACGCCCCAGGAACGUCCUACUUUGGCGAAGUUUCCAGCAGUGUCUCUUCCAUCUUCAACUUUGACAUCCCCAGUGGCGAUAAAGGCAAGAGAUGCAGCCUCGUAUUCCUCUUCCCGCAGCAGAAGGAUCUCACGACCUCAUCCUUCAACUUUACCGGCUCGGGGGCCUUAGACUUUGCCUGGCUGAGCGAGCCUGCCAACCAGGGCACGACGUACAACAACAAGCCAGGCACGAAGCAGGAUUUCGGAACAACUACGGUGUCUCCAGGUAACAACUACGUGAUCUCGACGUUUGCCUGCCCCGCUGGAGAGACGGUUGCGUUUGAGAUCUCGGAUGCGAAUGGUGGAGGCACUACGUUUAGAUAUUUCCAGGAUUAUAACCCGGCGCCUAUUGGGUUGUAUAUCAGGAAAUGCUAA